AAUGAAACAAGAGUCCCACCCUGUCAGCAUUAACUGCAGUAUAAGAAAUGGGCUUUGGAUAGAUAGACAGACUCCUAGCUCCGGUCAACCGUCAAAAUGUCCAAAGAAACUCUCUUUCUCUGGCUGGUGAUUGAGUGUUGGGGGCUUUAUCUGACACCGGCCACAUCAGAGAUUGUUGUGAUGGGGUUUUUGGGCCAGCCUGUGACUUUGCCCUGUCUGUACCCAACCUGGUCUCAGGACAGCAACAGCAUGUGCUGGGGGAAAGGCCAGUGCCCCAACUCCGGUUGCAACGAGGAGCUCAUCCACACCGAUGGAACGCGGGUGACCUCAAGAAAGUCAGCAAAAUACAGACUUCGGGGGACUCUCCAGAGAGGCAAUGUCUCCUUGACCAUCUUAAAUCCCAGCGAAGGUGACAGCGGUGUGUACUGCUGCCGCAUAGAGGUGCCUGGCUGGUUCAACGAUGUGAAGUUACACAGGCGCCUGCAGCUACACAGAGCCCCGACAACCACGAGGAGAACAACAACCACACGCAGAACAACCACCACGAGCCCCACCACCCCACAAAUGACAACCACCACAGCUGCACUGCCAACAACAGUCGUGACCACACCCGAUCUCACAACCAGAACACCACUUCCAACGACAACCAUCGCCGUCCUCACAACAGCAGACUCGUGCCCUUCACCAAGCCCAAGCACCCUUCCAGAGGCGGCCACAGGUCUCACUCCCGAGCCUUCUAAGGAAGGGCCCAUCCUCACUACAGAAUCAGAAACUGUCCUCCCCAGUGACCCCUGGAGUAAUGCUGAGUCUACUUCUGCAGACACUGUCCUGCUAACAUCCAAAGAGUCCAAAGUUUGGGAUCUCCCAUCAACAUCCCAUGUGUCAAUGUGGACAACAAGUGACUCAGUGACUUCUCCUCAGCCUGGAGCAUCUGAGAGAGCAGUUCCUGAGCAAAACAAAACAACAGAAACAGGACAGAUGGAUGGAAUGCCCACACUCACGAAGGAUGAAAUAGUCACCUCCCAACUACUGAUGGUCGUUGUCCCCUCCUUGGGAUUUGUGCUGUUGGCAUUGCUCGUGGCAUUUAUUUUCAGAGAGGCUCCGUUUUGUCACUGUCUCCAUCCCAGCCAAGGAAGUAACAAAGAAACUCAUGGAACUCAAUUGUUUGCAGAGGCACACGAGGCUAGGCAGCACUGGAGAUAGUAAAAAUGUCCUCAGUGAUACGCGGCAUGGAAGUGAAGAGGAAGAUGGCUUUUUCACCCUCUAACAUGCUACUUUUCAUUAGGCUUGAGAAUGGGGUCAUGAAAAUUGAAGUGUCAAAAUAAAUUAGUAGGUUUACUUUUUUUGUUUGUUUCAUAAAAAAGACUCACUUACCCGGUGGAUGUCACUGAUACACUCUUGCUUUAGUUUCACAAAUGAAAGGUACUCUAGAGACAGCACCUUCUCUGUCCAUGCUUGAAUCAUCUCUGUAGAAGUGAUCUUUUAUACUAUACUAGAACACUUUCAGUGAUGGUGAACUCCUUACCUCACCCAAGGGAGUCCAUUCAAUCUCAGAGCAGUUCUGAGAUUCAGAAAUAUUUAAAGCAAAAUCUAUCUCCUGAUGACCUCUGCCUAUGGAUUCUAGUUAAAUUCAUUGUGCCUAUACAGAACAUGUCUUUAUUAAGGGCUAGUGUUGUGUGAACUAACAGGACAAAAAUUCUAUAGCCUCCAUCAGUCAAGUAAUAGACUGAUUUCUUUUCUCUCUUAAAGGUAAUGUCAAGAGAGUAGAAAUCCAAAAGAUGGCUACCUUUGGAGAACCAUGUACUUAUUCCAUUAAUUUGCUAUUGCCCUAAGCAUGCUGGGAAAUACUGGAGAGCGGUUAACUCUUCAGGUAUUGGAAGGAGAACCUCAUGUUUCUCCAAGUUUCCUUGCUUCUGGGAUGCAAUUUCUGGUCCUUUUGUUACCCUAAUUACCUUCGUCUUGUAUGUGUUUGUAUCUCUCCUUUUAUGCCCAGCUUUCAGAGUUCAGUGUCUCGCUGCAGGGAUGAUAGGAGCAGCACAGAGCCUAUACUUCAUUAACAAGGCAGGAAAUGACAAGGAGUCACACCAUUACUUUGACUCACUUCUUUUUUUUCUUGAGAUGGAGUCUCGCUCUGUUGCCCAGGCUAGAGUGCAAUGGUGGAAUC